CACUCCCGCCCAUCAGAGGCCGGAAUGGCGGCGCUGAGCUGAGGUGAGUCUCCUGCUGUGGCUCGGCGCCCCGUCAGGCCGCCGUUCGGCCGGUGAAGCGCUCUCACGAGGCAGCCGCCGCUCUUGGCCCCUCUCGCUCUCCCCCCACCCCUCAGGUCCCGCCGGGUGCGUCGCUGCCGCUGCGGAGAGGAUGGCCUGCGCGGGACUGCUGAGGGCGCUGGCGGCGCCUCUGCGCUGGGGCAGCAGCAGCAGCGCCGCCACCCUGAUCCCCCCUCGGCCCUUCCUGCCGCCACCCGGUGCCACCGCGAUGUCGACGCUGAACCAGAUGCACCGGCUAGGCCGCCCCAAGCGCCCUCCGGCCAAGCCGGGCCCGACAGGCGGGCGCCCUCAGCUGAAGGGCGUGGUGCUGAAGACCAUGAUCCGCAAGCCCAAGAAGCCCAACUCGGCCAACCGCAAGUGCGCACGCGUGCGGCUCAGCACGGGCAAGGAGGUCAUCUGCUUCAUCCCCGGCGAGGGCCACAACCUGCAGGAGCACCACAUCGUGUUGGUGGAGGGCGGCCGCACCCAGGACCUGCCGGGCGUCAAGCUCAAGGUCGUGCGCGGCAAGUACGACUGCGCCCACGUGCAGAAGAAGAAGGCGUGAGCAGGAGCAGCAGGAGGCAGCCCGGCCAGCGGAAGGGCUGAACCCAGAGCCUGCCAGGGGCGCAGGAAGACUGCGGGGUUCUGAAUAAAAGCGUGCCCUGGGGGCAGAGCCUCCCUAUGCCGA